GUGCGGGGCCAGGCCGCGCCCUGAGGGCCGGGCCGGGGCCGCCGCUCCGCCCGCCGCCAGGCCUGAGCAAUGCAGCGCCGAUGGCGAGCACGGCCCUCUGCGCGCUCCCUCACGCAGAGCGAGGUCUGUUGCAAACGCCCUCCGCAGAUUUAAAAUUUCCUUUUACGACAACGUGUGGAAAACAGCUGAGGUCCACAGGAGCAGCAACUAGAGGGCUUCUUAGCAGAUUGCAGACUUCUGCUCCCACAGUACGAAUUCUCUCGUCAAAGUCCUUCUCACAAAGCAUUCCAAGCUGUUUGUGGAAACUGGGCCGACUUAACCAUGUGGCAAUUGCAGUGCCUGAUUUGGAGAAAGCUCAGUCCUUGUAUAAAGAUGUGUUGGGAGCCCAGGUGAGUGAGACUGUUGCUCUUCCUGAACAUGGUGUCUACACUGUUUUUGUGGAGCUGGGAAAUACCAAGCUGGAACUUCUACAUCCUUUAGGAGAGAAAAGUCCAAUUGCAAGCUUCCUGCAAAAAAACAAGACUGGAGGAAUGCAUCAUAUCUGCAUUGAGGUUGAUGACAUAAAAGCGGCUAUGACAGAACUGAAGAAAAAAAAGAUACGAGUAUUGAGUGAAGAGCCAAAAAUAGGUGCACAUGGCAAACCUGUGAUUUUUCUUCACCCUAAAGAUUGCCAUGGAGUCCUUGUGGAACUUGAGCAAGCUUGAGCUGCAAUAUUCAUAAAUGAAACAAUAGAAGAGUUGUGAAGUUCCUGAGGUGGUGCUGGGAAUAUUGAUGUGGUAUUCAGUCUUUACAAGUUCAUUGAAGUUCCCAUGGAUGAAGUACAGCUUUUGAGUACUGAAAUAGUGCUACAGAUUUAGGGUCUGUCUUUGCUGGUGUUACUGAUCGAAUAUGUUGGCAUUUAUUGAAUGCUCUGUGAUUCUAAACACAAAUACAUGAGCUAAGUUACAUAUGUACCAUAGUGAUUUAUUUUUUGUUGCUUGUUUGCAGCAAGAUUUUACCUCUGUAGCCACAGAAACGAUACAGUUUCUAGGUCAAGCUGCAUUAUUUUGCUCUACAUUUCAGAGCAGAGACCCACUUCCCAGUGACAACAAUAUAGCUUAGACAUUUUCUUUAGAAAUAAAGGAAAACAAAGAUUGUGUUUUCUCUUUUCACUAUUCACCAUCUGUGCUUCACACUGUUUGAUUGGUUCAUGCAAUAAAAAACCCAUAUAUUAUUGUAUGGAUGUCUGCAAUCAGUAAAUAAGUUUUUCUUGGCAUAACAAUUACUGCCAAAGAAGUUACCAUGCAUAAAUCAUCAUUUAGUUGUUUUAUGAACUUUGUGGAUAUGCAGGCAAUGCAAGAAGAGAACUUGAAAGCUACUUGCCUGAUACAUAUUUCACAUUGUAAUGCAGUUGUGACAUUUUAAUUUUUUCAAUUUUAGGGUUUUAAUUUUUUUUUCCCAGGCAUUCUCCAUAGAAGGACAUCUUGAUGAGACAUGAACAAGCAGUAAUUAAUCUUUUCACUUACUUUACAAAUAAGGUUUUCCUGUGCAGAAGCACUUACAAAAUCAGCAGCAAACACGCUCCACGUAAGUCUUGCUUCUGUACAGUUGUUAGCAUUAAAGACCAUGCCAGUAUGCUGAUGUCACAGGCUGCAGGCAGUUUUGUUAACUUAUUUAUGAACAGACUUCACUUUAUUGGUGCAUAUUACCCAAGCAGUCUUUUCCUGAGACUUUCUUUUAUAGGUUUGUUUUGACAUUUCGGCUGUAGAAAUAGGACUUGCUAUUUCUUGAGUUUUCUCAAGUCUUAAAAAGUCAUACUUUCCUAGCUUAACUACAGUCUGAAUUUUAAAUUUUCCUACAUCUCUGCAUAUGCAGUAAGAACCUUCAGCUUGAUACAGAGAUCAUCUUAAUGUAGGCAACUUUUUACUUAAUGGAAUUAUUUGUAAUGUAUGUCACGUUUGCAGCAACAAAAUACAAAUGUAAUGUUGACCUGAGAUUUAAACAUGUUUUUAAAGACAUGACAUUUCCUCAUGAAUUUUACUUCUGAAAAAAAUCUCUACAAAGCCAUGAUUUUUUCUUUUUAACAAGAUAGUUUUGUACCCAAAAUAAAUACUCCUUCUAUCAUAUUUUAAGAAAAACACAGGAUUCCUACAUUUCAUCAAAUCACUGCUUAGAGGGUAGUUUGUGAUCUAAAUUCUAAACUGUUUAAAUUUACAAAUCCUAAGGCUUAUGAAGGAAAUGCAGAAUGAUUUAAUAUUCCUGAAAUAUGAUUUGGCCAUUCUAGGAGAUACUCUUUGAGCAAAGCUGCUCUUGUCAUUUCUUUCUGUCAAAGACAAGAAGGCACCUUUUCUGCAAAACCAGCAUAGAAAUGCCAAUACUAAAAGCCUCACUGGUUAAGAUAAUUGAAUAGAAGUCUUUAAACCAAGUAAUCUUAGUUUGGUGCAACAGAAACAGUCCUCUCAUGGCUCAUUCUCCAUUUCUUUGUCCUGUCUGAAGGAGAUGGACUUCCGUGUAUGAAAUCUGUCAACAUAUCAGAGUCAGCAGCUUGAGGUAGUGUCACAGCAUAUGUCAGAGUUGAGACAGCCACAACACACAGAGUAUCCCCAUAUAAUUUCAGAAGGUUUUAAGCAUUCACCCAUACAGAGUAACACCAUACCUCAUCAGAAGGCUUCAGGCAUCUGCCCACAUAGAGUAACACCAUGCCACUGCAGAAGGCUGAACGCAUCUGCCCUUCUUGUUCUUUAGCCCAACCUUUCAUGCCCCUCAUGCUGAUGCAUUGCACCUGUGUGCCCUCUGUUCCCUUUGGUGGUUGGGAACAGACACUGGCACUCCCAUGGCUCAUUGCUGUCAGUGCUGCUCACCUGCUUUUCACAGCUGAACCCACUGGGGAUGAGGCUGGGCUGCAGCCCCACUCCCAAUUACCACAAACUGUGUGCCUGUAAGGUAGCGCUAGAGAACAGAGAUUUUUAAGUAAACACCUCCUCCACCUGAUGAUUGUGCUCCCUAUCUUGGCAGAAAGAGGCUUGUAUUACUUUUUAGCUAGUAAUCAGCAAUUUUCCUGACUGACUGACAUGGGGUUUCCCAGCUCUAAGUCAGCUGAUGCAUUUUGUUCCUUGUAUCUAAGUCGUGCUCCUGUCUCACAGUUCAUACCUUUUUUGACUAUUCCUAAGGUGGAAGUCAAGAAAAUGCCAACACACACACACACAACCCCAGCCCUGCAAAAGAGAGUUUAGGUCUGCAAAUUAGUCAGUACAUAAAACUAGAUCAUGUUCUCACAAGCUCUUAAAAUUUGAUGGGCUCAGACCCCCUUACUUGUCUGGUUGUGUGCUACAGGACAGGAGAAUUUCCCCUUCUGGAGCUGUAGACCUAGAGAAUAGCCAAGGGAGCUACAGCUACAUCUGAUCUGAAGACAGCUACAACUGAGAGAGGUUUCCUGUUCAUAAACUUAACUCCCUUAGACUUCAGUGGGAACAGAAUCAGCCCCUAUCAACUGUGUAGUCCUUCACCUUAAAGCAGGCAGCCUUCACAAGUUGUUCUUCUGACUUACCAAGGGGUUGGGACAGGGCUUACAUACAUGGGCCUUACUCUUUGUCACUACCAUGAUUAUAAGAGGGGAGUAGCACCCAGAAGAACAGUGGAAAUUCAGGGAUGGAAACUGGGGAACGAGAGAGCUGUGAUUUGCUCCUUUCAGUGGAGGGACAUUUAACAAUACACCCCUGUUGCACCAUUAUACAACUUCUGGGAAGAACAGCAGUGAUUCAAGUAACUGGAGCCUGAUUGUCUUGGAAGGAAAAUAGGCUUUGACAGUAUUUCAUCUUUUUUGGGUUUUGUCUUUUUGGUGGAUUUUUUAAAACAGCAAAACCUUCUUCUCUGAUAAUGUCAAGCUUCUCAGAAGAUGGAGUGUUAGUAUUUUGCCAGUAAAUUUUCUCACGCUUGUGCCAUUUGUCAAGUGCAAGUUCCCUGUUCCAAUCUCUCCAUGUGCCUCUAUUCCCCUCUGAGCUGAAGCGUGUUCCCAUUUUAUGCUGCCUAAGGCAGACAAGACACAUUUUUCUGGACUCCAUCAACAUUACUCAGGCAACUAAAGAGCUCAUAAUUAAAUGAUGCAAAGUAUCUUUUUUUACUUCCUCUCUGCAAUCCUCAAGUCACUCCUAGGUGGGAGGAGGUGAACAGGCUGCAGAAUGAAUCCAAUUCCUUAUGAUGAGACAAACCUAGAAGCAAACUUAAAAUGCUGAGAACUAACUGCAUGCUUUCUAAAAGUUGACCUUACAGUUUUGCAAUUCUGCAAAAACUCCGUUCCUGUCAUGCUUAUACUGCAAUUAAUGCAGCCGAAUUUCAUUCUGAAUUCUGUUGCUUUCAUUAUUACCAUAUCAAGCUGAAGUCUCAUAGAAAGACCAUGAUUCAUGGAGAUGUUUAUGUUAUCUGGUUGAGGUACUUACAGUAGGAGUGUAUGGACAAUGAUAUCCUUGACACUUCGUUUGAUCCUGUUCUUACAAGGAAUUCUUCCUGUAGUGAUGUGACGUGGGUUUGUUGGACAUAAGAACCCUUAACUAAGAGAAAAACUCAGAAUUAAUUGUUUCAAUAUCAGUUCUUUUACCAAAGCAGUUGUCAUGUUGGCCAAAUUGAGGCUGUCAAACAGAAUAAGUUCAUCAAGUUCAACUAGUUAAUUAAUAUGAAAAUGGGAACUAACAACAAUGUAUAAAUUAAUCAACCUAGGGCUGACAUUUUGCAAUGGAAGACCUCAACCACUUAGGAAUGCAAGAUCUGUUACCUUUGACAAGCAUUUUCAAAGCACUUUGAACAAAUUAUGAAAUAAAUAUCUUAUUGUGAAGGAGGGAUAUUUAUAUCCUGUAUAAUCCUUAAAUAUCUAUAAAAUUAUGUCAACUCUCAAUUUUAAUGUUCAUUUGCACUGUCUGGUAUAUUGUCAAAAAGCAUUGCUAACUGCAAUGUUCACAGCAUAGAUUCACAAAUGAGGAAGAGUUCUCUGAUACAUUUUAAAGUAAUUAUACAUUUUGAAGUAUUUAAUGGCAUUUAUAGAUCUAAAGUGGCCUUUCAACUGUUACUGCUAAAAGAAAAAUAAUAAAUAGGUAUUAAAAUCUUCUAUGAAGUAGAUCUUUAAUGAAAUUUUUUACUUAUUUUUAACAUUGCAUUUUUUUCAGUAAUAAAGACAGGUUCAAAACAUAAUUUUAAGAUCUGAAGUGAUUUGCAACUGCAGGUACCCUGAAAGCAUAUGUAAUGGUGCACAAUUUGCAUUAAAUAAGGGGAAUAUCCAACUCUGCACCCAUGGCUGGCUUUUAUGGAAAUGAUUAUUUCCAGAAAUUGAAGAGUAAGAGAGGUAUGUUCAUGGACUGGUAUCAUGCACCCUAUUUUUACUUUCCAUUUUGGUAUGUAAUUUUCUAUAGUAACCAUCUAUCUGAAUCACUGUCUCCAAAAUGAUGUGGAGGGAGAAUGUUUGUUAGAAACUUCAAUUAAAAAAAGUUAAAAAAUUA